AUGUUUCGAGACUACGUCGAUAACAUUGACGAGCUAACCACCUCAGUCACCGGCUUCAUUAGAAAAUGCAUCGGUGACAUUGUACCCACAGUGAGGGUUCGCUGCUCCCCCAAUCAAAAGCCCUGGAUUAACACAGAGGUUGGCGCUAAACUAAAGACAAGGGCUACCACACACAGAGCUAUCGUAGACAACUCUGAUGCUAUGGCCAAAGACAGGAAUAAGUACAAGAAGGCCCGCUAUGACCGCUGCAGAGUCAUCAAACGAGUAAAAGGCUCCUUCCACGGAGUCUCCAGAGUGGUUCCACAGUCUCCUCCAGGAACAGAGGAGAUACCUGAGCUCACCCUGGGGGAGCACCCCACCGUGGUACAACAAGCUACUGCCGCAGUCUCAAAUGGUUCCCACAGUGGUGACGUCGCUGUCUCCAGCGACAGAGAUUCUGACGACCCCUUUUCUACGCCCUGGGAGCCCCCUCCAAUCUCUGCUGCAGUGGCUCGGUCCAUGUCUGCUGUCCAGGCCCUGUCAAUCUCUGCCUGGUGUGACCUGCCUGUCCAAGUCUUGGGGUUUAUGCUAGCCCCUCUGAACUGUGUCCUGCUAGUUCCAGCCUUAGGAGACCCUGCUGACGUCCCCGUGGAAGACCCGCCUGACGUCCCCUUGGAGGACCCGCCUGACGUCCCCGUGGAGGACCCGCCUGACGUCCCCGUGGAGGACCCGCCUGACGUCCCCGUGGAGGACCCGCCUGACGUCCCCGUGGAGGACCCGCCUGACGUCCCCGUGGUAGACUCGCCUGACGUCCCCGUGGAAGACCAGCCUGACGUCCCCGUGGAGGACCCUCCUCACCGAGGUGUUCAGUAUCCUGUCCGUGAAGAGGGCACGACAAAGCGUCUUCCAGUUCUGGAGUUUCCAAAGUCUUUGGUAGGUCUGGUGAGAAGGAAAAGGGAUUGGGUCAUUCCUCCCAUUUACUUCCCAGAGAACGACAGAGGCCCCUUCCCCAAGAUGAUGGCGAAGAUCAGGUCCAGCAAUGAUAAAGAGGUGAAGAUCCAGUACAGCAUCACUGGUAGUGGAGCAGAUCAACCCCCUGUGGGACUGUUCACUGUGGACAAAAACUCUGGGGUUCUCUAUGUGACCCAGUCUUUGGACAGAGAGAGACAAGACGUAUAUCUACUUGAAGCUUAUGCUGUUGCAGUUGGUUCGGGUAUAGCAGAAGAACCCAUGGAGAUUAUUGUUAAAGUAAUUGAUAUGAAUGACAACAAGCCGGUAUUCACCCAAGAUCCUUUAACAGGGAUUGUCCCUGAUGCAUCCCUACCAGGCUUUGAGGUCAUGAUGGUAACAGCCACCGAUGCAGAUAAGCGUGGCUCAGCCAAUUCUGAUGUCAGAUACACUAUUAUAAGUCAAGAACCUGAACUGCCGAGUCCCAACAUGUUUGUCAUCAACCGUGUCACAGGCUCGAUUCGGGUCAAUGCUGCUGGACUGGACAGAGAGAAAAUUCCAAAAUAUACCUUGGAAAUCCAAGCUGCUGAUAUGGAGGGAGAUGGUCUGACAUCUUUCGGAAAAUCCAUAAUUACGGUAACGGACGUCAAUGACAUAGCUCCUCAAUUUGUGAUGUCUUCGAACACGGUGUCUGUCCCAGAGAAUAAAGUGAAUGCUCUGGUGGUCAAAAUGCCAGUGAGUGAUGGAGAUGAGCCACACUAUUUCAACUGGGCCACCAAGUACAGGAUUGUAGAUGGAGACCCAGGUGGAUUGUUCACUGUUAACACCGGGCCUAGCAGACUGGAAGGAAUCAUUACUACAGCCAAGCCCCUUGACUUUGAGAAGAACAAUCGCUACACCCUGUUGGUGACUGUGGAGAACGAGGUCCCAUUUGCCAUCCGCCUGCCCACCUCCACUGCCACAGUCCAGGUGAAUGUGGAGGAUCUGAAUGAUGCCCCUGUCUUUGACCCAGUGGAAAAGGUUGUUUCCAUAUCUGAACACCUGCCAGUGGACAGUGACUUGGUUCUGUAUACAGCUAUUGAUCCAGACAUCAUGGCACAUAAACUCAUGUAUCGCAUGUACAGAGAUCCUGCUAAAUGGCUGGACAUCAACAGCGAGACUGGAAUGAUCAAAACCAAACACCCUCUGGACAGAGAAUCUCCCUUUGUCAAAGAUGGCAAAUACAGAGUUCUCAUUCUCGCAAUCGAAAGUGAUGAAAUCCCUGCAACUGCAACUGGAACCAUUCUGAUAGAACUGGAAGAUGUAAACGACAAUGCUCCGACUAUUGAUGACACCCCGUUGAAGCUCUGCAACCAAGACCCCCGUCUAGUGCAUUUGGCGGUGACAGACAGAGAUGGCCCAAACUUUGCUGAACCCUUCAGUGUAGAACUUCUGAAAGGGUCCAAGAUGUAUUGCACUGCCCAAAUGGACAAAACAGGAACUGUGGUUGAAUUGACAUUCAAGGCCAUGAGGGAGCAGAGAAACUUCUACAUUGAUCUGACGGUCACUGAUGCUGGCGGGCUGAACCAAGACCAUGUCAUUCACGUCACCAUGAAUGAGGACAGGUGCAUGACCUGGGGGGAUUUCUGUGUUAGACCCUGACAUAGAUGAACAUUUGGUCAUUUUCUUAGCGUUUUUAUAGCUAGCAGAGCUAGAUUGCUUGUUUUGCAAAGGUUGUCACUUUAUUUGACAUCAGGGGUAUGUCACAA